AUGACCUACACAGAAAACGAAUGGUUUGACGAUUGGGAUACAGAAGCAUUGUAUCAAGAAAAAGUCCGGGAUUGUGAUCAAUGUAUUGCUCAUAGUCCUAUUAAUAAUGUCGAGUCUGGUGUUGUUUGUGGUCCUAAUGUUAGACUUAUUGAUGUCAAUUAUGAUACGUUCAUGUAUAAUGGUUCCAUUUUAAUCGUGACCAAGAACUUGACAGCAAAUGAGGAGAAUGUACCCAUAGUUACAUACACUAUUGGUCCAGCUACCAAUAGUGAUAAUACCUUUGAAUUGAAGGAAGGUGAAUUUCCUCACAGAUUGUUCCAUACAGAUAAAUUAGAUGACAAUAAUGCUUUCCAAUUCUAUCGCUAUAAGAUUGAGCUACCUCUGCAAAACUAUGAGCAAAUGGUGAAAUAUACAAUUAAUAAUGAGAGUAAACCUCAUUAUAGGUUCUUCAUCCCUUCUAAAACAAUGAAUUUUAAUACAAUUGCAUAUUCUUGUAACGGAUUUUCCCUAGCUGUAGAUACAUCUGUCUUCAAAGGGUCACUUUGGUUCGAUAUCUUAAACAAGCAUUCUAAAUUCCGUUAUCAUGUAAUGUUAGGAGGUGGUGAUCAAAUUUAUUCUGAUUCCAUAAACCUCUACUGUCCCGCCGUUAAAAAAUGGUUAAAAACACAUGACCCAAUAAAGAGAUAUUCCACUAAGAUGACUCCAGAAUUCUUCGAACAAUUAAAUCAAUUUUAUUUGAAAGAAUAUAUAGAAUGGUAUGGAUUUGGUCAUUGGAAAGGGUCCACACCAAAAUCAAUGACUACACAAAAUUGUUUCCCCAUCGCGACGUCUACAAUUCCAUCCAUUAAUAUUUGGGAUGAUCAUGAUAUCAUUGAUGGGUUUGGUUCAUAUUCAGAUGCGUUUAUGAAGACUCCCGUGUUUAGUUCCAUUGGGAAAGCUGCUUAUAAGUAUUAUAUGUUAUUUCAACAUCAUGUAAGUAUCGAUGCGAAUGAUGAUGAUGACAUCGCGUAUUUAAAGACUUCGAAUUGGAUUUUGGGGAAAAGACCAGGACAAUACAUUGAAGAGAAAUCGCAUUCUGUUUUCACAAGAUUAGGGCCCACAAUGGGGAUGCUUGGUCUUGAUUGCAGAACUGAAAGGAAGUUGAAAGAAAUUGUUUCGGAAGGUACAUAUCAAUUAGUAUUUGAAAGGUUGCAUAAGGAAAUUCAGAAAGGUCAAUUAGAUCAUCUUUUAAUCAUGUUGGGUGUCCCCAUUGCAUAUCCCAGAUUAGUUUGGUUAGAAUGGUUGUUUUCAUCUAGAUUAUUGGCUCCUUUGAAAUACUUAUCUAAAAAGGGUUUAUUUGCUCGUGGUUUGGUUAACGAUUUCAAUGGUGAUGUGGAAUUAUUAGAUGAUUUAAAUGACCAUUGGUGUGCAAGACAUCAUAAGGCAGAAAGAAACCUUUUAAUUACAAGAUUGCAAGAUUUUGGUGCCAAAUAUGGAAUAAGAAUAACAAUUUUAUCUGGCGAUGUUCAUCUUGCAUCAUUAGGUAGAUUUAAAAGUAAAAUUCAUAAGCGUCAUUUAGCCAAUGAUAAGAAAAUGCAACAAAAUGAAAAAACUUUUAAUGAACCAGAAAAUGAUGUUAGAUUAAUGUUUAAUGUAAUAUCAAGCGCUGUCGUCAACACACCACCACCUGAUCCAAUGGCUAAAUUGUUACAAGCAAGAGUCUCUGAACAUCAUUUUGAUUUCCAAACAACAGAGGAUUCAGUUCCAUUGUUCAAAUUUGAUACCGACGGUAUCACAUCUCGUGAACAACCUGGAUUUUUGAACAAGAGAAAUUGGUCAGAUAUUAUCCCAAUGGAAAAUGUUUUCAAUAAUAAAUAUUUAAAUGAUAAUUUUAAAGUCAAGUUAAAUGAUCGAAUUAUUCCUGGAAUUCUUAAACCUGGAGAAGGUAUUCCAUCAAUCCCUAUUAACAAAGAACAAGAUCAAGCAUAUCCUGUCACUAAAGAUGGUAUAAUGGUUUCAAUUCAUGUGGAAACAGAUCGUGCAAAUCCAAAUUCUUUUAGUACAUGUUAUAGUUUACCAAUUCCAGAAUUAAGAAAGAAAGAAGAAAAUCUAUCACAUAAGGGUGCUAAACAUCUUCCUUUGACAUGA